AUGUCAAGAUACACGUUAUGGAUAUACUCUGGAACUCAUGGUAACUUAGUUAAUGGUGAUCCAUUUACUCAAGAAUUAUUUAUGGUUUUAAAACUAUUAAAUAAAGAGGGAUUACUAGAUUUUGAUGUAAGAACAUUAAUUCCUGGAAAAAAUAAUGAUAUUCUUAAAAAUGAAGGUUUACUAACUCUUCCAGGAAUAACAUCUUAUGAUGGUUCAAUUGCUAUUUCUCAAUCUGAUGAAGUAAUCUAUUAUUUACAAAAUAAAUAUAUUAAUUCAGUAAUUCUUAAAGAUGAUGAAGAAUCAAAAAAUGUUACAGCAGACUUUUUUCGUCAUUUUUGUCAUUAUUUAAAAAAUGCCACAAAAGAAAGUAAAAAUUUGACAUAUGAAUUAAGAAGAUUAAAUAAUUUUUUAAAAAAAAGAGAAUAUAUUUUUUUAAUUGCUAACUAUCCAACAUAUUUAGAUUGUUUAGUUUUAGCUAAAUUACAUACACUUAGAAUUGCUGGAAAAUUUUUAAAAGAUUAUAAAAUUCCAAAAUAUUUAGAAAGAUUAUGGGAAUAUCUUUAUAAUGGUUAUAAAUUAGAUGCAUUUAAAAAAAGUUGUCCCAGUGAUCAGAAUAUUAUUCUUUUUUGGAGUGAAAAAGAAGGAGUACCAAAAUUGACUGAUGCAUAUAAAGUUAAAUUAUGUAAUAUGAUUCCAAUAUAUUCACUUACAGAAGAUGAAUUUGAUUUUGGUAUUAAAAAUCCUUUUAAGAAUAUAUAA